AUUUCUGGAGAGUGGAAAAAGUAGCGUAUGAAAAGAGGAAGAAAUUGGCCAAUUUGCACCACCUUUUUCUCAGUUCGUUUCUCCCAGUUCAUUCUACGUGAUAGGGAAGAAAUCAAAUCGGCGUGCUGGGGGAGGAGUGGCAAAGGUAAAAGGGGCCACGAAGAUGCGUACAUAUGAAGCACACAUGCACAUGCAGAUGCAAGUCUCGCCUUAAGCGUUCCGUGUGCCCACCCAGUUGGAGGCCUUUCAAAGUGAAGGUCCUCACACCUGUGGAGGAAAGCUCACUUAAGGGAAGCGUUCAAGGGAGCCGCCAACGAAGGAGUCGCUAACGAAGGAGCCGCCAAAGCUGGCAGCUCUGCAGCGCAACGCAUUCUUCAAGAGAUGCAUGGUUAAGUGGUAAGUACUAAGCCAACUUAAGGAGAGCUAUACGCCAACCUGAGCCUUUACCAAAGUGCGCGAAAGGAACAUUUUUGCCGCAUCUUCAGCACACACCAUUUGCGUUCCAGUUGAUCUCUUCUCCAACCCCUUCUUGUUGCACAUCCAAAAUGAACGUGCUGACCCAAAUCGACGACUGCUUCGCGAAUUAUAUAAAAAUUCAUGGCGCGAAGGAGGUGGACUCCUACUGGGAUGAGGGAAUUGUGGUGAACAAGUACAUCGAAUUGGGAAAUGGCCACGAGAAAAAGGGGAAAGCCCCAAGUGGUGCGAAGGAGAAUGGAGAAGGGACCAAUCAGGAAGACGCCCCACCUGCGCAAAAACCAAACGGUGGAAGUGAGGCGAGUCCCAAUUUGAGUAAGUCCAAUUUGAAGGAGGAAAACCUCUUCACCUGCAACGACGUGGUUGAAGGGUGCGUGUGCCUAAACACGCUCGAGAAUGUAGAGGACCUUAAGGACACCACCCUAGUCAGAUGGACAUGCAUGGUGCAGCAGAUAAUUUCUCCCGAAAGUUACGUAGGAAUUUACAAGUUGAGAAAUAAAAAAAACGGAGAAAUCAUUUUGAAGAGCUCAAAAUAUAGGGACUACAUCGAUACGGAUGACAACUGGGAGAUAAUGGAGGACAGCGAAAAGAAGAACGUUGGGGAAUAUUACGAGCUAAAUUAUGAGCAGUACUGCAAGAGGGGGGAUGACGAAAGGGGAACCAAAAAGGAGGCACAACAUACAGAUGGGAAGAACCUUACCAAUGAGGCCAAUCCUCAACUGAGCAAUAACUCCCCCCCCACCGCAACACAAACGAGCACCAACCAGAUAGACAAAAAAACAUGCCCAAAAAGUUACGAUCAGAAAAAAAAAGAAAAUCACACUGUGAUGAAUGACCAAAGUGAGGACAUACCUUUUUGCGAAAGUGAUAUCAAUUUUAAAAAGUAUUGGAAAAGAUAUUUAUUUUUCUGCACCAAUGUCCCGGGGAAUAAAAGCACUUGGUGCAAACAGCUGUGUGACUACUCUUCGUACUACAGCAAUUGCGAGAAUUUUUUAAAAAACGAAGCCGUGAAAGGUGGCAAUAUCUGCGCGGGGAAGUGUGCGGCCCUCUCGAGUUGCUCCACUGAAGGGGGGGGCAAUGCUAAAGGUGGCAGCUCCUCCGCUGAUGAUGUGCGUCUCUCGCGAGAAACGAUCUGCAGUAGUGAGUUCGAGCCGGAGGAGUGGAACACAGCGGGUUGCAAAGCGGACCACACAGCGGGUCUGCCAAAAGACACCACCGCUAGUGGUGCACCCCCAAAGGGAGCACUCAAGGGAGCAUACACGGGAGCGCCAGAGAACCCCCCCCGCGACCCCGAAAAGAAGAACAAAGUCAGGUGCAUCGUAAAAAUAUACGACGACAAUAGCCAGUACAACGGAAAAAACGAAAACGACUUCCUAAAACUGAACGACGUAAUUGAAGUCAUCGGAAUAUAUCGCAAGCAUCAAAUAAAAGACUUUGAAGAUUGCGAAAAAAAUUUAAACUUUUAUUUUUAUUAUGACCAAAAUUUUUUAAGAUACCCAUGCAUUCAUGCUUUUCGCUACAUCAAGGUUAAGCGGUUUAAUCCGCUAAGUAGCUGCAUAUUAUUCAAAAAUGAAUUGUGCGAUAUUUUGCAGAGUGGCCCUUUCAGUACCGUCGGUGAGCUGAGGAAACACCUCCUCAUGUUCAUCUCGAACAGCUUUUCCCACGAUUUGCUCGUUGCUCAUUAUUUCUUCUUUUACUUGUGUGGCAGUUACAUUGAGGAGAGCAAACUCAAGCUGGGGAAGGUCAGUCUAAACGUUUUUAACAUAUCAACGGAUGGGGAGAAGUGUGCCUCCCCCAAGGGGACCACCAUGGUGGAGAAUCAACGAAUCAAGGAGGAGGAAGAAGUCCCCCCAAAGGAGCCACUUCAAAAGGGGGAAAACGCCUCAAAUCUGAUGGAUGAGCAUAAAGAGGUGCAAAAUAAAUCAUACCCGAGCCACACCACCCAAAUGAACAACAUGAUUAAAAAUUUAGUUCCUCUGUAUAGGUAUAUCCCCCUCUGUUUAAAAAAAUUAAGCAGCCAAUAUUUAGUAUCCGUAAUGAAUCACCAAAAUGGAGAGUUAAAAAAGGGGAAACUCCAGCUGGCAAAUAACACCUACUUAGCUUUUGAUGAAUGUGUGUUAGACGAGGGGAAACUUAACACCGUUAGUACUAAAAAUUUCCUCUGCAUAGAAAGGCUAAUUACGUCGCAAGAAAUCCCGUUCAUCUUCAACACGGAUAUCACCUUCGAAACGCAAAAUAAUGUUUUAAUUUUGUCUAGGAAAAAAUCCAUGUUUGUGAAUUAUGUGGAUAUCCACAUCCCUGUGUGUCACCAGAGGGGGGGGGGCCUCGCUGGAAGCGGUGUCAGCUCGGCGGGUAAGGUGGGCGAACAGAAGAGCAAGGGGACCGCCGAAGAGACCGCAAACAAGACCACCGAAGUAACCACCGAAGUGACCUCCGACGGCGCGCAUGGACAGGCGAACAGCCCGCACAAGGAAAACGAACCCGGGAAGAACUCCCCCGCCGCUUUUUCCGCCGAAUUCAUCAACACCUGCGAAAACUGCCACCCCAAGGAGGAUGCACUAAUGCAAUUUAGAAGGUACAUCAAUUAUAUUCUCUCGAAAAGCCACUCUGCAAAAAUCCACUCGGAUGUAACGACGUACAUCACGGACUCGUUUGUGUCUCUGCGACAAACCAGCAAGGAUGUGAACCAGUUCGUUUUGAACUCCUGGAUUUGCAUGUCUCGAAUUUGGGCCUUUUCGGAGGGCUGCAACGAAAUAAGUAGGGGCCACUGGGACUACAUCAUGAAGCUGGAGGGCGAGAGGCGCCUGCGGCUCAGCCACUUGGACGCGCUGUACAUUUGA